AUGACAGUGGCUGUGGAGCAGAAAAACGAAGAAGCACCAGCCACAGCACCUGCAACCGAAGAGCAGAAAAAUGCAGAAGCACCAGCCUCAGCACCAGCCACAGCACCUGCAGCUGAACCCAAGACAGUGGCCGCGGAGCAGAAAAACGAAGAAGCACCAGCCACAGCACUUGCAACCGAACAGCAGCAAAAUGCAGAAGCACCAGCCACAGCACCAGCCACAGCACCAGCCACAGCACCUGCAGCCGAACCCAAGACAGCGGCCGUGGAGCAGAAAAACGAAGAAGCACCAGCCGCAGCACCUGCAACCGAACAGCAGAAAAAUGCAGAAGCACCAGCCACAGCACCAGCCACAGCACCAGCCACAGCACCUGCAGCCGAACCCAAGACAGUGGCCGUGGAUCAGAAAAGCGAAAAAGCACCAGCCACAGCACCUGCAACUGACGCCAGUACACAACCAAGUACAACAGGGACAGAAGCAUCUUCGAGCACGAAUGGUCAAUCGGCCACAGCACCUGCACCAGCAUCAGCACCAGCCAAGGAGAAAUCUGCAGCAGCAGAAGCACCACCACCAGCGCCCGAUGGGAAACGAAAAGCAGAUGCGCAGCAAGGUGACGACAAGCAACCCAAAGCUGCAAAGACAGGUGACGAGGAAAAGGAAAAAGAAUCCCCAGAGGCUGACCCAGAAGAGACUGAGAAGGAGAGGAAAGCAAGAGAGAAGCUUGAAGAAAAGAAAAAGGCUGCGCAUGCCAGGUACAUGAAAUACUUCAGGUCCCUGACAAGUGUCAACUCCCCACCUGAAAUCCGAAAGAUUGGGAAAACGGCCAUCGGCCGAAAGGACCUCAUGUCAGUCCUUUACGAAAGUUGGAGUGAAGCUGGAGGAGAUUGGACCAAAAGCAAAAUUUACUUACAGUGCGCAUCGACUGAGAAGACUCAAAAGAUGGGAGUGAGGGAAUGGAUGACCCGUCGUGAGCUAGAACAGCGCUUCGGUCAAGCUGGGGCAGAGGCAAUCAUAAUUCGAAAGGAAGAGACAGAGGAACUUCGGAAGAAUGAGGUCAGAGAUCACCCUGAAGCACCAGGGUGCCAAGAGAUGAGGCAAUACCUGACGUUGAACAUGGACAAGGUUGUCGACAGCAACGAAACAGUCAUCUCGAGGCUGUACAAGGCAGUCGAAGAAAACAGCUCGUCCUCGAGCAGCUCCAGCUCGAAAGACAGCAGCUCCAGCAGCGACAAAAAGAAGAAGAAGAGCAAGAAAAAGAAGUCAAAGAAGGCCAGCGGAGGCAAGAAAAAGGGCAACAAGGAGGAACAGAAGCCAAAACCAAAGAAACAAGCCAAAGGGAAGAAGGACAAGGAGAAAAAGGCAAAGAAGGAGGUGAAAGAAGAAGACGAAAACAAGUCAGAAGACGCAGAGCUGAAAGCCAAAAAGAAAGAAGUGGAGCGAAAGGCCAAGAAGGCCGUUGAUGCUGCCGGGAAGAAGAUCAAAGAUGCAAAGGGAUUUGAGGACAAAGCCAAUGAAUUGUCUGACAAGUUGCGCGAUGCAGUGGUGGAAGACAUCCAGACCUCAGUGCGAGACGUGUGCACCGGCCGGGCAGCCUUGCAAAAGGCUUUGGAUUCUGACCAGGAUUGUGAACGGCUGGAAGGUCUCACUGGGGAUCUGCAUGGGUUGAUUGAGGCAUUUGAUAAGGCUGUGAAGCCUUGCAAAGGUAAGGCCAGUAAGAAGCCCAAAACGUCUUGA